AUGUCCCAACAAUAUAGUUUGAAGUGGAACAACCACUUACCUAACUUCAUUGCUGUAUUCGGCAAUCUGCUUCGUACACAGACUUUAGUCGACGUGACUCUCUCUGCAGAAGGGAGACACCUGCGUGCACACAAAAUUGUACUGUCCGCAUGCAGCACUUAUUUUCAUACGUUAUUUGUAGAAUCUCCAAAUCAACAUCCAAUAGUUAUAUUAAAGGAUGUCACGUUUGCCGACCUGCUGAAAAUGGUCGACUUCAUGUACUUCGGUGAAGUAAAUGUUACCCAAGAACAACUACCGAAGGUGCUGGAUACAGCGAAAACUUUAAAAAUAAAAGGUUUAACUGAAACUGAUACCUCUCAAGCCACUUCACUCACAAGGUCGCAAGGCGGAAAAUCAGAGUCGCAGUCACCCGGUGGUUCCAACGAUUCACCGAUAUCCUCACCUCCUCCGAAACGUCUUAGGCGAUGCAGUUCAAAUUGCUCCACUAAUCCUGCUCUUCCUGAAGAAAUGAAAAAUGAUGACAGUGCACCUUUGGAAAUGGUAUCGGGAGAGCCAGCACUCACUUUAAGCACGUUGCCUCAGCAGCGACGCAUAGACUACAGCGAACCAGAUGACAGGAUAGAUGCAUUACCACCAGUGCAGCAAAAUGAACCCCAGAACAUAAAUGUGGCGCCCAUGACGAUGGAUGAUAGCGGUGUUUUAUCUCAACAAGAUUCGUUCAGCUCACAGUCUGGUCUCAAGUUGCGCAGGUCCAAAUAUUUCAAACGGCAGAGCCGGGUGCAACCCGACGAACGAGAGAUACGAAAGCAAACUUCCGAGCCUGUGCCAUCGUACGUCGUCACACCGGCGCCACUGCUUCAGAAACAUGAGUCCUAUCCACAAUACGCUACGAGUCGACGAUCUCGCACCCAAGACCAUGAGGUUGGUUCGUUGCUCAUCAGGCCUGUAACUGUGAUCGACCGGCAACCUUCUACAUCGGCAUCGGAGGCGAGCUUCUCAGAUGCAUCCCCGUCAACAGCUACAUCCCAAACACCCCGGGUGAGUCACACACCGGCCGUACGCUCUGGACCACCGCUAAGCUGCAAUUUCUGCUGGAACACAGUCGACGAAUGCGGCCGCAUACUACGACGCAAGACCCAGUACCACUGUCCCGAGUGCCGCACCAAUCUCUGCAUAGUGCCAUGUUUCCAUGAGUACCACGACGGACCUGAGUCGGAUCCGAACAACGCAAGGUGAAUCCUAUUCUUUGGUAAAUAUUAAUUCGGGUACUUUGAUAAAUACCGAUACGGUAAACACUGUCCGAACUGAAUACUCGAACAUUUAGUUUUGGGUGCAUAUUCGGGAUUCUUUCAAAAAGAACUCGUUUGUCAUGUUAGUGAGAGUUUAAUGUUUACAUACAUAAUGUAUGACAGGAAUUGAACGUUUUAAAUGUUAUUGUAAAUAUAUAAAGGUAGAUUUGAACUUGACGACGCUCAAUUUUGUCGUAUGGUAAUAUUAAA